AUGGGGAGUGUCAACGUAAACCGUAAUGUCAGCGAUGCGUUUUACCGCUAUAAAAUGCCACGGAUCCAAGCCAAAGUGGAGGGCAAGGGAAAUGGUAUUAAAACUGUAAUUGUGAAUAUGGUCGAUGUCGCCAAAGCGAUUGGGAGACCUGCUACCUAUCCUACCAAAUACUUUGGCUGUGAGCUUGGGGCGCAAACCCAGUUCGAUUUCAAAAACGAAAGAUUCAUUGUAAAUGGAUCGCACGAUGCUACGAAAUUACAAGAUCUGCUGGAUGGAUUCAUCCGCAAAUACGUACUAUGCCCGGCUUGCGAUAAUCCCGAAACCGAGCUCAUGGUUAGCUCUAAGAAAGGAACCAUUUCGCAAGGAUGUAAAGCAUGCGGCUAUCACGGACUAUUAGAAAGUAAUCAUAAAUUGAACACCUACAUCCUGAAAAAUCCACCGAGCUUGAAUCCUGCUGUCCAAGGCAGCUCUUUAACAGAGGGUAAACGCGGUAAACGUUCAAAACGUGCGAAUGGUGAAACAACCACCACUACAACCACUGCUACUGCUAAUGGUGAUCGAUCUGGUUCUCCGGAGAACGAUACCAGCACCACCGACAUCGUGGUCGAGGCUCCUGAAAAGAUGGCGGACGAAAACGGAGAUGACGAUAAUUGGGCAGUCGACGUGUCGGAAGAGGCAGUUAGAGCCCGUUUGCAGGACUUAACAGAUGGCGCAAAGGGAAUGACUAUUAGCGAUGAUCUCGAUAAGACUGAAAAAGAAAGGAUGGAUAUGUUUUAUAAAUUAGUUAAAUGUCGUCGCGAUGCUGGGCAAUUGGAUAAUCAUAAAGAGCUGGUUGCAGAGGCUGAACGUCUAGAGAUCAAGACAAAAGCACCAUUGAUUUUGGCGGAAUUACUCUUCGAUCAGAAUAUUGCUGCUCAAGCCAAAAAGUAUCGAGUACUUCUCCUUCGUUUUACCCACGAUGAUAUCAGGGCACAGAAAUAUUUAAUUAGAGGAAUCGAACAAGUGAUAGCCCUCCAUAAAGAUGCUUUGAUGCCGAAAGUACCUGGCAUUCUGAAGCUCUUUUACGAUGCUGAUAUUUUGGAAGAAAAAGCUUUGUUCGAAUGGUCGAAUAAGGUGACUAAAAAAUAUGUAUCGAAAGAUUUAUCCCAAGAAAUUCACGAUAAAGCUGCACCGUUUUUAACCUGGUUACAAGAAGCAGAAGAAGAAGAUUCUGAACCAGAGGAAGAAGACGACGAUUUAGAGAUCGAAUACGAUGAUAGAGCCAAACAGUCGCUAAAACCACAACAGUCACCGCCUAUACAGAAGCCUGCUGUAGUCAAUGAAGACUCGGACGAUGAGGAUGAUUUUGAUAUUGAUGCCAUUUAAAAAAAAAAAAAAAAAGAAAACGACAAGAUGCUCAGAUGUCGGACAUAAAAGAUAGACAAAAAACGACAGAAAAAUAUAUGUCUGAUAAACGAUCAUUUCUCACACGAUACAAAGAGUCGCAAUGCAAUCUCUUAUUAUAAUAUAACAUUUUGUUAUUUUAGGCCAAGGAGUGAUUAUAAAUGCCAUUACACGUAUGAGAAAUUUUAACUGUUCUCAAGUUAGCAAUAUUUAUCUGUACGGUAAUACUUUUAAUUGUUUUUAAUAAGGCGAUUACGAAUUAAUCUAUAUCAUUAUUCUUAAUUAUUGAGAGGUUUUAAAAAGAAAUGAAAACGAACGAUGCUUCCAUACAUUGAUAUGCAUCUCUUUUAGAAGAAAAAAAAUAUUGAUAGUUCUCUGCCGUUAUUGGGAAGUUGGCCUGCUAAAAACGUUCUCUAUUGUAUCUAUUUACUAUUCAAAUAAUAAUUAUUCAAAUAAAUAUGGUUUACCGCAAUGUAUCAAGUUCUUUCUUAUUUCCAAAGCAUUUCCUCCAUUUGAAAAGCAUAUGUAAGUAUAUAGUAUGAAUAAGCAAUGAAGUAAAAAUAGAUAUAAUGAAUGAUGGCCUAGUUAGUCAUCAUUACUUGCAUUUAUAUCUCUGUUCUUUAUCGUAGCUAAAUUGUUAAUAAUUCACGCCAAAAAAUUGCAUAUCUUAUUGAGCGAAACGUCAAUUCCUAUUAGAUGAGCUAUAUUAUAUCUAAAUCGUUUACAACGAACGAAUUAAUGGUACCGUAUGUAAAAAUAAACCAAUUUUACAAUACGAUGUCGCUUCAUAGAAACCGACGAAUUUCAGAAAAUUCCAGUAACUGGCGCUGCGAUCGAACAGAGUCGCUUCAAUCGCGUUUUUAUAAUUGACUGACUGUCGACGUACGUUCUGGAUAUUUUGUCGUCAAUUUAUUCGUUCCAAGGAACGCAUUUUAUAUUUGUACGGGAUUUGACGGUAGUCUACAUUAUUAUCAGAGUGUAGACUACGCUUAAUGGCCGUUUAUUCAACAUUCGGACUGUAAAAUAUGUGGUUAUUGUACUUUUAUUAACUUGUACUUGGUCCACGCCAUCUUAGUCUGUCAUCAAACGUGCAGAAAUAAAGUUUAGUGCCUCUUUUCUUGUGUUCCUUCUUGCCGGUGGAGACGAUUUCUAAACAAGAGUUCAAUCAACUAUUCCUUUGUAUCGUGAGCAUCGUUUUACAGUGAAUCCGCGACCGAAAUCGGUUCGUCGCAUCGAGGCAUCCUGUCCUUUAUUAAGAAAGGGGGAUGAUACACUGAACAGGGUAGAAUUCCUGCGUGGACCGUUCACAAGGGUAGGUCCAACAGAGUCCAACAUUACCGAUGGGUAGAACAGAUAUGUCAAAAACGCUGAACGCUUAUAGAAUAAGAAGCGCCGCGGCAAUUGCGCCUGCGCGUAUAUAUUAAACCAUUGAUUUCUGUGGAUUUAACGUGGCCCUGACAUGGG